AAAAGUAUCCCACUCCGCCGUGACUCAUGUUCUCCUUUGUGUCGCGUUCUUGUGAGGCCGUGAGGGGCCCAUUCUCCCUCCUCGGUGCCGUUCGGACGGCCACCAAACGCGCUGGAGGUACCGUCCGUAAUCAUGGUGGCUCUCCAGGCCAACGCUUGGGCCUGAAAAAGUUCUCAGACCAGUUCGUUGAAGCAGGCCAGAUAAUUAUACGUCAGCGCGGCACGCAGUUUCAUCCUGGUCAGAAUGUCGGAUUAGGACGUGACCACACCAUUUACGCGUUGACUCCGGGAUACGUACGUUUCUACAAGCAGAAAUGGCUACGAGGACAGCGUAGAUUUGUUGGCGUGGUUCUUAAUCGUGGCGAGGUUCUUCCAAGAGAUGAGAAGGCGCUCGGACGGAGUCGAUACUGUGGUCUCGUUAACCUGCAUGACCCGGCGUACCAGUCUGCUCAGGUAUCUUCCGCUUGACCAGAUCAGCUAUCUGACUGUACACUACAAACAUUAUAAUGCAU